CUUGCAGCUGCAUCUUAGUAUUCAGAAGUAUCCGCAGAGAGAUCACGAUGAAGGGCUCCUUUCUUCUAUUCUGGCUCUUGCCCUGUGUGAUUUAUGGAGCACACGUGCCUGAACCAAGAAUACAUAAUAUUUCACCCUUUGCUGCCACAAAUGCUGAAAUUCAGAGUAUUGCGCAGCAGCUGUAUGCAUCAGAUGUAAACAGAGCUGCCAUCAGCGACAUUACCCUGAAUCUGCAGUACAAGAUUUCUAGUACCCAGACUGGUGCAGGAACAGAUUACGCCAGUCAAAAGCUGUUCAGCUACGUUAAUGAGGCCAAACUCUUUGCCCGACCCACUUUUUCCCGCCUCUUGGCUCUGCUAGAUAAUUAUGUGAGGGCAACAGGCACAGCUGAGUCAGUAACCAGCGCAGAGAUACAGGAACAAAAUGCUUUCAUUGAUGAGAUCUUCAAGACCUCUGUCCUAAGUGUUUUGUCCAACUUCUUCAUUUCAAAAGGUUAUUACACAUCAGUGGAAAGCUUUAAGGCAGACCUAAAGGAGAUGUGGUUUGGUCUGUACACUCGCAGCAGUGGUCCAUUGGAUUCUUCAGGAUUUGAACACAGUUUUUCUGGAGAAGUCAAGAGUGGGAAGGUAUCUGGCUUCCAUAACUGGGUACAGUUAUAUCAACAGGAGAAAUCUGGUCAGCUCAACUAUCUGAGUUACAGUGCCGAUGGGGCAUGGAGCAGUUAUCCUGAUGUAUUGGGGUUCCAGUUUAAAUGGUCUACCUACCUGAAAAGCAUUGGCUCUUUCUUUAUUGGAUCCAGUCCGGAGUUUGAUAUUGCUAUUUACACUCUGUGCUAUGUAACUCGUCCUGACAGUCUGUGUUCUGUCAGCUUGGGAGGAGUCACCCUUCAAGUUCAGACUUACAGCUGGGCCAACUCGACUUAUGGAAAUGGCAAAAGAUAUGUGGCAUCUUCAUACCCUGUAGUUUAAAACAGAGUAUAUUUUAUUGUGCAAAUAAAGUUACAUCAGUUUCAAAUCAAA